GAGUUCUGUCUAUUUCUUGCUAUGGCUCGCACCAAGCAGACCGCCCGCAAGUCCACCGGCGGCAAGGCCCCGCGCAAGCAGCUGGCCACCAAGGCCGCCCGCAAGAGCGCCCCGGCCACGGGCGGCGUGAAGAAGCCCCACCGCUACCGGCCCGGCACCGUGGCGCUGCGCGAGAUCCGGCGCUACCAGAAGUCGACCGAGCUGCUGAUCCGCAAGCUGCCGUUCCAGCGCCUGGUGCGCGAGAUCGCGCAGGACUUCAAGACCGACCUGCGCUUCCAGAGCUCGGCCGUCAUGGCCCUGCAGGAGGCGAGUGAGGCCUACCUGGUGGGUCUGUUUGAGGACACCAACCUGUGCGCUAUUCACGCCAAGCGUGUCACCAUCAUGCCCAAGGACAUCCAGCUGGCCCGCCGCAUCCGUGGGGAGAGGGCAUAAAGUGUAGAGCGUGAAAAACAUUCAACCCAAAGGCUCUUUUCAGAGCCACCCACAUUUUCUCUAAAAGACUGUAUGUCGUUGU